CCAAUAUGCGUCGCACAACUGUUUGGAUGGUAGCUAUGUGUUACUAUUUGUCACAAAUCCUAGGCAUAAUGCCUUUUUGCUAUGAUUAUGGUAAAGGAGAAAUUUACACCUCCACCUCGGUAACCGUGUACAGUGCAGUGUUGAGUAUGACCUGGUUUGGUCUCAUUCCCAUGAUGUUGAGAAUAGAUUUCCAUUCCCCAAACUCAAUCAGUCAUGAUUUGCAUUUGAAAAUUUCAGCAGUUAUAUGUCUGGUGCGUUUUACGGCUGUCUUGGCUUCGGUCAUUUCGCAAUGGUUCAAACGUGGGCAACUAAUGGCAACCCUGAAUAAAUUUCACCAUAUAAGAGAACAGUUUGUCAGUAAAUGGCCUCUGCAUACAAAGGUGGAGCAAAAUUUGGAGCAUGCCAUAAGAUCGAAAUUUUUGUGGGGCUUUGUUGCCAAUGUGGGUCUGUUCUUGGGCUCAACGGAAUUUCUGCGCGUUGAAUUAAAAUUGCAAAAUCCCUGGGAAUUUGUAUUGCUGGCCAUUAUGUGCAACAUACUCAACAUGGUCAUAUUGCAUUUUUAUUUUUGUGUUAUACACGUCAAUGCCUUGUUGGAGGCCAUUAACAAUGAAGUGAAACAGAUUUUAAGAGACUCCAAAAAUUUGUGUCAUCUACGACGUCUGGGUUAUAUACCAACUGCUGCUUUGGAGCGUAAGAGUGCCUUAUUGGCGGAGAAUUUGUACGAAUUGGCCAACAUUCAACUUGAGUUGCAACGUUUGACGUAUCGUCUAAAUGAUGUCUAUGAUGUACAGUGUGCCUGCACCAUGUUGACCAUGUAUAUGAACAAUGUUGCUGUCUUCUAUAUAUUCUAUAUGGUAAUGCAACAUGCCUACAUGUUGAAAGUGUAUGGUCUGGAUACGUUUGUUUUAAUGCUGAUAUCCUUGACAUUUUACUACAUGGAUCUGAAGGUGUUCAUGGACAGUUUAUGGAAUUACAUUGGACAUGUGGAGGAAACGGGCGAAAUACUAAAGCAACUGCAGCCUUGUAUGCUUACAAAGUAUAGAAAAUUGGAGGAAAGUUUUAAAAAUUUCUCCCUGCAAUUGGCCAAAUUCCCGGUGGAAAUGAAAUUGGUUGGACUAUUCAAAUUUGAUCGUUCGAUGGCCUUCUCUAUAUUUGGCUCAACCAUAUCGAAUGCCAUAGUUUUAAUACAAUACGAUUAUAAGAAUAAUUCAGAUGAGUAAUA